CAAAUAAUAUCUACAAAAUGAUUAUUCGAAAUCCUUCAUCGAGCAAUAACAAGCAGCUCUGAGUGGUCCGUUCUAGCCAGCGCCGAGAAAAGUAACAGGGACCACGUGACAACAACGCACAUCGAAAAUAAUUUACAGAGCUAAAUAAUUGCGUUAAUUAAUGUGAAUAGACAUUAAACGAAAUAUAAACAGUAUAAAUAGUAAAAACAGCAUAACUAUUAUUUAUAUUCGUCUAAGCCCCGCCCACUCCAUACACGUAAGUAAGUCAGUUCGCGCUUCUGCCUUCAUUCUGUUUCAGCGGAACUGCGUGGCGAUUUCCACAACUUCCAGCAUCUGAUGGGAAAAACGGGACGCGAGGAAAUCUCCAUCGGAAUCCAGACACCUAAAUAAUAUAACUGAGAAUGACAUCUGCUCUCUAGACUCACACUUUCAGGUGUGUUUUUAGCACUGCUCUUCAAACAUGCAGAACAGCGACUUAAAACAGCGACAGAAGAGUUCAAACAGGCAGCAGAACGGAGAGAAGCGGAGCGCUGCUGAGGAGAAGAAGAAGAAAGAGGCCGAUAAAAGAGAGGGAUUCAGUCCUGACGCGAAGCUCUGCGUCAGUCUGAUCUGUCUCGCGCUCUCCCUCCUCAUCACAUGGCUGCAUCUUCAGCAGAGCGCCAAACUAGCAGAAAUGACGGGAAAGUGCGAGUUUCUGCAGGAGAAGAGCCGCAGUGUUCAGGAGCUCGACGACAAACUGACUCAAGUCUCUCACAAGCUUCAGGCCUCCGCAGACGGCGCCACGCUGCUGUUGAAGCUGAAACACGCCCUCGGCUCCGUCCUCAACACCUCAGCGGCACUGCAGGCGGAGCAGGAAGCGUCUUCAGACCGGCUGCAGGCGCUACACCUCCGCUUCCAGAGCGCGAGCGACCAGCUGUCCGUGAGCGACGAGCUCCACACGCUCAAGACGCAAUCACGCGCCGCACACGGACAUGUGACGGAGCACAUCAACGACAUCGACGGGCGUCUGCGUGAGCUGAGCGAGCGGCUGAAGGAGGUGCAGGACGGCACGAGGAGGAACGCGCGUGUGCUGGACCGCACCGAGGAGGAGGACGCGCAGCGGGUGCGCGAGCAGACGGACUGGAACGGCCGCCGCGUCUCCAGGCUCCAGGAGCAGCUCGAGCAGCUGGCGGCACAGGGCCGCGGGCUGCAGGAGAAGCUGGAGUCACGCGCUCCUCACGCUCAGGACACGCAGCUGGCGGCCGCGGAGGAGGCCGUGCGCUCCAUGCUCCGGGUCCGAGCGCACGUGAGCGCCACACACAGGAGAGUCCAGGAGCUGGAGCAGCAGGUGCGGAGCACGGAGGACCAGAUGAGAGAGACCCGCUCGCAGAUACGUGACCUCAGACCGGCUUCGCAGGAGGAGAUCUGAGCCGAGGAACCAGACCGAUGUGCCGCAUCUACUGUACUUCUGACAUAUGGGGCAUCUUAAAGCAGUAUGCAGUGUUAUAAGCUUAAUCAACAAAACAUCACUCAUUUCCUUUAAUAGUGAAAGCAGAAAUCUGGGUUACUGUGAGACACUUACAGUGGAAGUCAACUGAUUCAUUAGUGUGAUCAAAAGACAGUAUUGAGAUUAGAAAAAAACACUUACCAACCAUUUCUGUCUAACGUUAUAUCCACAUUUAUAUCUUCAUUGCGAUGAAAACAUAAUGCCAUAAAACGAUUGUAAAAA